UGUACAUAACGUAGUUCGAGGACGUACAUUCAUAUAUAAAUAAACGCUUCAGUGUAAAAGUAAAUAUUAACGAAACUUUUACAGAUCAUUCUCCAACGUAUUUGCCGUCUCUGCAUAUGUAAAUGGGGUCGCCAAACAAAUUCACCGGUUUGCUAAGAGUUUUUCUCAUGGCUGCCUUGUUUUCCGGGGAGGACGCUACUGUGAUCCAUCCUGUAAAUCCUAUCUGGCCACUCGGCAUUGUUGACCCCACACCGACGCGUUGUCAAUAUAGUGAAACUGCUACCUUCGCAUAUAUUGAAUUAACUAACUGCACACAGCAGCCGUGCCUCAUUAGUACGGCAGCGACGUAUCAAAUUUCACCAACCUUCACACCAGGAUAUACUGCCAACACCAUGACAUAUUACCUUUAUUUGAAUUAUGGAACUGGUUCUCACAACUUUGGAACGAUGUCCUUUACGGAGGAAUACCUCGCUGGCAACCAGUAUAAAAUAGUACGGGAAAUUUUAAUUCCGUCCGAGCUACGUGGGAGGAGUGGUUACUUCCUACUGAUGCUGGUGGACUCGACAGCCUUGAUUCAUAUCAGCCGUUGUUUUAACGCCACGGUUGCCCACUGACGGAUGUAAAAUUUCACAAUUUUGUUAAUUUUGUCUUAAAAAUGGGCGUAUAAUAAUUACAAGCUGAAAAGAAGCAAGUUGUUACAUAAAAAUAGGAAUAAAUGUAUUGCAAAUAGUUGAA